AUAGCAUUGCUGAAUAGCUUCACCAUUGCCUGUGACGGAGGAGUGUACAGUACAGUGCAGAGUAUAUAUAAAUAGUACAGAGUAUGCGGUGCUAGUGAAGUAUAAGAUAUUCAUGCUGCUAAAGUAUUGGCUUUGCUUCCGGUUCAUGGAACUCAAGAUAGUAGUGUUCAAUAGAAGUUCUUGCCGAAAUUCUAUAUUUCUACAUCUUAAGGAAUGCCAAUGUGAAGGUUCGGUACGUGUAUAGUAUUUAAAUUGGUCCACGCGCAUACAUAUAUACAUUUGCACACUCACAAAUACGUAUCUCCUCUUCUUCAGUAGAAGUUCACACCCACACUCUCACCAGCACACCCCAGCACACGCACGGAUCUAGACCCCUUUCAUGCCUCUUGUGAAAUACAGUGCCCGUUGGUUAUAAGACUUUAAAAAAUAAACCAAGGUGGCACCUGCGAGUAUCAGUAUAGGGCGCAAUUAGGUUAUAGAUGACCAUCUAGUCGCAGAUCAACUAUGGAUAGGGGCGAUACAGAGUGUCCGGACAAGCACUCCGGCGAUGACCCUAAACACGCUCAGUUGCCUGGUGGUGGUUUGGCUGUACAACCAUGCCUAGCAAUCGACGAGGAGCAGAGUGAUUGUUGUGUUUGCUACAAUGGGUAUCUGCAUGAUGUACCAUUUCCUGGAAUGGAUACUACAAUGGGCAUGUGUUCAUAA